GUUCAACAUCUGUAUCUCUUUAAAUUAAGCUAGAAUCGUUUGAAAACCAUCAAAGCAGACGUGUUCCUCUUCUAGUGGAUACUUCUGACAGACUAUUUUCUUUUUUAUCAAAUCUACCCAGUAGGAGUCGUAAUACAACAAAUAGAACUGGUGGGUAGUACUACAUCAACCAGUCGCUGACCCGGGGUUCUCCCAGGAGGGCUCGCCAUUCUAUGUCAGCCCAGGAACUACGACUAUCGUAGAAGACAGAUGAUGUGAUGGUGGAGGAGUCACCAAAUCAAGAGCACAGAAAAAUGACCAGAAUGUCGAGGACUUACUCCACCGCAGGAAGGCUUGCAUCGAUGCACAGUCUUUUAAGGCGUAAACUUGUGGUUCAUUCAACAUCAACAAAUCGUUCUCAGAAGAAAAGCAUACAUCCACUUCUUGCUAUUCAAAGACCUCAAUCUCCACCUCCUUCCCCUCCAACCCUUCUAACCUUCCGCUUGGUGGCAUUCUUUGUCUCGAUGCACCUUGUUCUCCUCGCUGAGGGGAUCACCCAUGACCAGGAGAAAGAGAUCGUCAUUGAUUGGGACGGAGAGGUAGAAGAUCAAGCAGGAGUAGAAGGCACGACGACUUCGAAUGGAGAGGUCGAAGAUCCUGAAGUAGACGUAGAAAACGGAACGGCUUUUACGCAGGUGGAGCAGCAUCAUAGAAGAAAACGUAAACGAGUGGGAAAAAGACAUAAACAUCAUAAACGCUUUCCGUGGCCGCCUUACAAAAACCUCACCAUCAUUUUUUUUAUAGUGAAAAAUAGAAAAAGAUUGUUAUUGUUUGAUCAUGAUGUACUUGAUACUGGCUACUAGUCGUAGUCAGAGAAGUAAAUUAUAGGUCUUUUAUGCUCCUUGUAUAGCUAAUAAUAUCAGUAUGAUCUAGUAAGUUAAUAUAUUUCUGAGGCAACUAUUAACUACAGCUGGCAGGGUGUGACGAAGUGGCGUCUCUGGGAAAGGCCUUAUCGUCAGGCAGAAUGGAUCUGGUCCGACUGAUGGAUCUCAAGGCAUUGAGUGAGAAAAUGAUAAUCCUGACGGGCUCUGCAGACGACCUGAUCAUUCACGUUUCUCACAAUUCUUGUCUUGUUGUCUGCCAGUUUGGCCAGACCCACCACUCUGCUGACCUGUCGCCAGACCAGCUCACGUGCCACUACCUAAGUCGCCUGCCAGUAGCUGCCUCAUGUUGUUAAGCUACUUAUCUAAUGUAGUUAACUGAACUAUAUAUGAAUAUCCAGCUCUGAUUAUGAUCAUGAGCGUGACAUAAUGUUGAUUGUCCUGCUAGAACUAGUAGAUUCAAUUCAAUUCAUUUUUUUUUUUGUUUUUUUUUUUUUGUAGUGCGAGCGAGUUCCGAUAAGUCAAAACCUACCUGCGUACUUUGCAAGCGAGUCCCGAUAAAUCAAAACCUACCUGCGUACUUCCCGCGUGGAUACCGGCGUAGGGGUGGGCUCUUAAUCUCCUUAACGACUACGCUAAUGACCCUACGACUUUAAAAUGCUGAACCCUAGGAGUAAAGGCAGGAGAAAUUACACACCUAGUACCUGCCACCGCGAACGUUGUCCGUCUCCCCAUCACGCGCUUAUUGGGAAUGCUAAGUGUAUGGGCCGCGGAACGAUGUCCGCAUAAUCAAAGUAAAUAAGUACACAAGGGCCCUAGGUGGAUCUGCGCGGCAACUGAUUGGUGGAGGAAACUAGAAGAAUUUCCGACUAAGUAAAAGCAUGCAAGUUAUUUAAAUUGGUGAAGGAACGCUAAGUGCUAGGGGGCUUAAAAUUUUCUUCAUCUUCAUGCGUCGCUUUCUUCUUGUGGCCGGCUCCACCCGCUAUGCAGCCGAUGAGAGAAAAAAAACAAAAAGCAAAAAAGUGGAUUGCUGACUACGACCCAAGGGGCUACCUUAUGCCUGAAAGCCACAACUCUGCUAAGAGCGGGCGGGAGAUAAAAAAAUCUGUAAGGGAGAGCGAUGGGACGCUCUCCCCCUUUCCAUUACGUUGCAUAAGUCUACGCAUCUCAAAGAACUAUAACGACGCCCAAGCUUGUGUAUCGAAGUAGUCUCGCUCUCUUUCCUCACCAAGGGCCAGCACCUCCUCUAGAAAUAACGACGCUCAAGUUAGUAAGUCUAAUUUAUAAACAACGCGAAGCACUCAAGACUGACAGAACAAGGAAAUUCGCUAACCCCUCUGGCGUUCCCGAAGGACCACAAGGGAUUAUCUCAUCACCCCAAACAGAUUUUUUUUUGUAUCGUGAGUCUCUUUUUUUUUGUAGUGCCAUGCUUAUCCGAAAGGGAAGAGCUUGCAUGUUUAUCCGCGAAGCUGCCGGCGACGGGCGGGGCUAUUCCUGUAUUUUUUUUUUGUAGUGCGAGCGAGUUCUGAUAUAUCAAAACUUACCUGCGUACUUUCCGCGUAGCUACCGGCGUAGGGGGGGGCUCUUAAUUUGCUCAACAAACUACGCUACUGCCCCUGCGUUUUAAAAUGCAGAACCCUAGGAGCAAAGGCAGGAGAAAUGACAUACCUAAUACCUGCCACCCGGGGCGUUGCCCGUCUCCCCGUUACGCGCUUUUUGUGAAUGCUAGACUUAUGGGCGGCGGAGCGCUGUCCGCUUAAUCAAGUCAAAUAUUUACACAAGGGCCCUAGGUGGAGCUGCGCGGCAACUGUUUGGUGGAGGAAAGUAGAAGGAUGCUUUUGGACUAAGUAAGAGCAUGCAUGUUAUUUCAGUUGGUGGAGGAACUCUAAGCGCUACUAAGUGCUUAAGUUUUUUCUUCAUCUUCAUGCAUCACCUUCUUCUUGUGGCCGGCUCCUCCCGCUUUGCAGCCGAUGAGAGAAAAAAACAAAAAUAAAAAGAUUGGAGGGCUGACUCCGACCAAAGGGGCUACCGUAUGCCUGAUAGCCACAACCGGGCGGGAGAUAAAAAAUCGGUGAGGGAGAGCGAUGGGACGCGCUCCCCCUUUCAAUUACGUUGCAUAAGUCUACCCAUCUCAAAGAACUCUAACAGCGCACAGGUUUGUAUCUAUAUCGAAGUAGUCCCGACCUCCUUACUCACCAAGGAACAGCGCCUCCCCUAGAAAUGACGACACUCAAGUUAGUAAGUGAAAUCUAUCAACAACUCGAAGCACUCAAGACAGAAAACGGAAAUUCGCUAACCCCUCUGGCGUUCCCGAAAGACCACUAGGGGUUAUCUCAUCACUCAAGCAGAAUUGUUAGCUGAGCAAACGCAAAGCCUUGUAUGUCGCCCUGGUUCUCAGUCCAGCCCUCUUCCAUGCUUAUCUGAAAGGGAAGAGCUUGCAUGUUUAUCCGUUUCAAUUCUAGAACUUUUUUUUUUGUAGUGCGAGCGAGUUCCGAUAAAUCAAAACCUACCUGCGUACUUUCCGCGUAGCUACCGGCGUAGGGGGGAGCUCUUAAUCUCCUUAACAAGCUACGCCACUGCCCCUACGGUUCCAAAAUGGUCAAGCCUAGGAGCAAAGGCAGGGAAAAUUACACACCUAGCACCUGCCACCCAGGGCGAUGCCCGUCUCACCUUCACGCGCUUACUGUGGAUCCUACGUUUGGGCGGCGGAGCGCUGUCCGCUUAAACAACUUAAACAUUUACUCAAGGGCCCUGGGUGGAGCUGCGCGGCAUCUCGUUGUUGAAGUGAACUAGACGGAUGCUUUUGGAUAAGUAAGAGCAUGCAUGUUGAUUAGAUUGGUGGAGGAACGCUAAGUGCUAGGGGGCUUAAGGUUUUUUCUCGUCAGAUUUUUCCUUUUUCUUUCCAUGCAUCUCCUCCUUCAGUUUUUCAUUUGUGGCCGUACUCUUGCCACCCGCAUCUUUUUCUACCCCGCGUCGUCCUUCUUGAUUAGGAUUACGUCAAGAACAAAACACUUUUCGACGUUGACUAUGAAAAAAGGUGAUGAUGAGGCUUCUUCUAACGAAAACGAACACUUGUUCCGGCAAGACUGAAAGCGUUUGGUCAGCAGGGACGUCACAAGAAGCAUCGACGAGCAGAAGCAAAAAGAGAACAAGAAAAAAAUAAAGCAGAACAAGCAAAAGCAGAGACGAAACAGCGGCAGCAGCGCUCUCAAGGUGUAGAUGGUCAUGGUCCACCAAGUACAAGAAUGCAGCAAAUGCGAGGGGCCGCACCAACUACAUCGCCUCAACAACAACAUCCAACACAAACCACUCCGAGAGCUAGUGCUCCUCGUCCAUCAGAGAUAAGUAGAGAAGACAGAAUAGCAAAAAUGAAGGAAGCAAUCGAAAGUGUUUUCCCUCAGAAUAGCGCUGAGAUGCCGAAAUGGCUCGCGGAGAUGACCGAGGAGACAAAACCACUACAUCCACUUCUUGUUUACAACGAGUUUCAUGCACGCAUCCUGCAGGUGUAUUAUAAGCUACUCGCGAUCACGCCAGGUUCACGCGCAGAUGACGAACCACCGGCAAAUAACGUCGCGUGGUAUGCUGUCACCGAAUUGCGGAAGGGCAUGAGGGGACCGAUUUAUGAAGGUGAUAGAGAUUCUAGCAAUUUCGGCAUCUCUACUUGUAGACUCUUUUGUGGAGCACGGUGCAUUACAUCAAGCUGAAGAGGUGAAGGCAAUAUUAUUUUACUCCCUAAAUUAUUCCCCGUCUCCCCCGUGAUCAUCUUACACGAAGGUUGAUCAAGGACGUGAUCAGGCCUCCCUCCACCGUGGCCUGAUAUUGAAUAAAUAUGGUUACAGAUAUGCUCAUGCUAGUUACAAAUGUAAACGAACCAUUCAAAAGUAAACUCGAUUUCCGUCAAUCCUCGUGUAGCUCCUGCUGCAUGUGACGCGUGCAUUAAGGUGGCUGUCUGAACGAAGCGUCAAUGAAUUGUCAAGAUUCAACAUACUCCACAGCUCUAAGAUAGACCAAAGAGCCAUUGGAACGGCCGCCUGAAAUCAGAAUUCAGCGCAGCGGAAGCUGUGAAAAAUGUUAAGAAGUGGCUUUGUGCACGUUAAUGCUUUGCACAUAAUUAUAAAGGGAAAGGGUAUAGAAAAAUAUAGUGUGUAGGCUACGUACUACUUACACAUAGUACAUUGAUUGUGCUUGUGCAACGACAGGGACCGAUUGUCGUGCUUGUAUUUUUAACAUGAUUCUUACUGUAUAAUCAUAAAAAUCAGCAAGACUAGUCGUGACCCGAGGGCCCGGAGGUGAAGGGGAAGUGUGUGGACGACGGAGAGGGCGAGACUGCUAGGACGGCCGCGCCGCGGAAUGGGUUGGCCCCGGAAGCAGGUGAGCGGGCCUGAUUUGCUGAAGGCGACCAAGGGGGGCGAGCUUCUGGCCGUGCUCCGUUGGUGCGCGGGGCGGCCGUCCCCGCCGUUGCGCCGGAUUUGGGUUGCGAAUGCGGGAGCCUCUAGAGCUGCGGCGCAACGGUUUGACGCUGGUAGCGACCGAAAUCGGGCACCGCGCGCGCGAUUCCGGGCGCUAGCGGCCGGCUUGUGCGGUGGGUGGCUCUCAGUACGUAGCAGCGGACGUGGGUACCGUCCCGAAAACGCUGACACGCCGGGGCGGCCUUCUGGCCCGAAGCCGCUGCUUCCGCCCACUGAUUUGCAAACCCUGGGAACCCUGCGAGCGCCAGGGCUUGCCCCUGAUUCGCAAACCCUGGGGAACCCUGAGGCAGGCAGAGCCUGCCAACUUGUCACUCCUGUCGCCCGUUUCGCUCUCCGAGCUGUUUGGCGUCCUCCAAGCUGUUUGGGCAGCUCGGAGGGGGCAAACCUUGACGAGGCAAAGCGUCGGAUAUGAGAGGGGCCAGCGAAGCCGUGCCGCCCUGAAAGCGUGGACCAACGUCAUGCGGACGGUGUGGAGCUUUACCUGCGGCGCGUCUGGCGGUAUUCGCUCGCCUCUGUUUGCUCCAGCACUCGCUGAGGCCAUUCCAGGGACAAAACGCGCACCGCGUGCACGAUUUAGGCCGCUAACGGAUUUGCCUGCUGCCUGUCGAGCGUUUUGCUGUCGCUUAUCUCGGAGAGAGCAGAGGCCGGCCGCCGCGUGUGUAUCUCAAUGCUGCGCCGGCGCCUCGUGGGUGGUCUUGUUGGUCUGCAAGGCAUCCGAGCGGCAUCGCGUUGAGGGGAACAGCAGGCGCAGGCGCCCCUUUUAAAACCUUGAGAGGGGCAAACCUUUGCCCUUGAAACCUUGAGAGGGGCAAGGCAUUGGCGUGCAACCCUGAGGAGGCGCAUCUUGUUUGAGGCGUGAGCGCUUUAAAUCGAAAAGCAACCAAAACCAGGAGGCGCAAAACCUUGAGGAGGGAAAACGCGUUCCCGACCUUGAGAGGGAAGCUUUGAGACUUGUGCGAUUUUUCGUCAGCUCUGAAACCCAAGACUCUUGAGAGGCCUCAAAACCUUGGGACUUCGCGCCUGGUGGUGAGCCUUGAGAUUGUAGACCACGCACCCGCCUGAAACUCGGGAGGCCGCGGCGUCCGUUUCUGUCUUUCCUGCGAUUCUCCUUACUUUGUGUGCCUUAAAACCGUGACAAGAAGUGGCCUCGUUUUUUGCCGCUUAAUUAUUCAUAAAGAAGGAAUAGGAAAAAGAUACGGCCCUUUAUUUCGUAUGUACAUCCUUGCUUGGUAUGAAAAGGCCACACAGAGAUUGGAGAAGUUUUUAUCUCUAAAGACCGACAAGGAGGAGCAACAAACCCGGUAGCCAUAGCCGCAAAUGUGCGCGACCUUUUACUCCAACAACUGCAAUAUUACCAUGGGGAUGGGGCGAAAGCAAAUCCACUCGUCGAUGCGGGACGUGUAAGUGGCGGGAUGCACUAGUUCAAUCACCUCUAAACGCGUGCGUUUCCUCGCCGUGUUGUAAAGAAAAGACAAUCACGUACUAUGGUCAUAGUGUUAUAGAAGAUAAGAGAAAACGAUGUAGAAGAAUGAAGAAAAAGUACUUCGAAUAGAAAUUUUUGAUUUCCAACGAGCUACAAUUCCUGACAAAAACUAUGAAGAUACUACAGAUUGACAAAGUGAUAAUGUUUACCGUGCACAGAUGAACCAGAUUAGAUAUCAACGUUUGAGAAAUUGAAUUAUCUGAUGUCACCUCUCCCUUUUUUCCACACCGAACCAGAACAGGAACUAAAUUUUUACUGGAUCAAGAUCCAACUCCAAGAGAUAUGUUGAAGAAUUUUCGGGUACUACAGUCAUGCGAAUUAUACCAAGCAAAAGUACUAACUUGUCGUGCUCGACAAACGUUCGGAUGAAUGUUGAAGGCGACCCGCUCUCGUGAAAAACAUGUGUUCAACAACAACGCGAUUCGUGCAG